AUGUGGACCGACUGGCUCUACGGCUUUGGAGGCCUCAUACUCCUCAUCACUCUGAUUAGCUACAUCUUCAAGCGCGGAAAGUACCAAUCAGUGGAGGGUCUUCAUGUGUGCAUACCAGGAGGAAGCAGCGGAAUAGGCUUGGCAGUGGCGAAACGAUGUGCUGCUGACGGAGCGAAGCGAGUCACCAUUAUUGCUCGGCGGAUGGAGGUUCUGGAGAAGGCCGCGAAGGAGAUAAGGGAAGUAAACCCGGCAUGCGAUGUGGCUCUGGUGAGCUGUGACAUCACUGAUCCGAAAAAGGUGGAUCAAAUGUUUGUGAAGGACAUAGAUGCUGAUGAGAUAGAUUGGCUCAUCAACUGUGCUGGGAUGUCCCUUCCGGGUCUGGCGGAGGAGACCACAGUCAAAGACAUCAUGGCUGAGCUCAAUGUCAACUACCUUGGUUCCGUGUUCAUGGCACGCAAAGUGCUGCCGUCCAUGAAAGAAAAGGGUCGGGGUCGCAUCGCGUUUGUGAGCAGUCAGGCUGCCCAAAUAGGAGUAUAUGGCCUUGCGAGCUACUCUGGAUCUAAAUUCGCCAUCCGAGGGUAUGCCGAGACCCUCAGGCAGGAGACUGAGGUCCACAAUGUGCAGGUAUCUAUAGUAUACCCACCAGACACGAGAACGCCAGGCUUCGAACAUGAGAAUACUCGGAAGCCUGAGAUCACCAAGCUCAUCUCGUCGACGAGCGGCUUAGUAGAGCCAGACACCGUAGCAGAGGCGCUUGUACACGGAGUGUCUAGAGGGGACUUCAAUAUUUGGUGCGGCUUUGAAGGUUUAGGCUUGUCGCAGAUCUCGGCAGGUAUGACCCCACCGAACUCCCUCCUGCAUGGGGUCUUCCAAGCGCUCGGUGCGAGCCUGCUAAAGCUAGUAUCGUUCCUCGUCGUGAUGCAAUUAGACUGGGUUGUUGGUGCCAAUGAGAAGAAGCCUUACAAGAGGCCUGUCACUAAGUUGGAUUAA